CACUGUUAGAAAUGACAGCAUGCCAUCAGCCGCUCCGCAUAGCCAGGGAGAAGUACUUGGAAAAGACCCUGAACGGCCGUGAUCGAACAGCAUAAAUGAAUUGACCUUUUUUGGUAAUUUUUUUCCCGUUGGAUCGAUAUUUGGCUUGUGAUAACCAGGCUUGCUCCAUGCCAAUGGCACGGCAGAUGCGCAUAGCUGUGCAUAUGGAGGGAGAGAUGGAGAUCGAGCCAGUCGCCCACCACGUCGGUUCCAUGAAAGCCGACGAUGCCGGCCGUCUGAACUCCAGAUCCGCCACCGGCGGCUGGACCGCAGCCAUCUUCAACAUGGGGGUGGAGAUAGCAGAGAGGUCGGCGUACUUCGGUGUGUCGUCGAAUCUCAUCAGCUAUCUGACAGGACCGCUCGGGGAGUCGAUGUCGUCGGCGGCUACGGCGGUGAACGUGUGGUCCGGGGUGUCGUCCAUGCUGCCGCUGGUGGGGGCCUUCGUCGCCGACUCCUACCUGGGCCGCUAUCGGACCAUCGUACUCGCCUCCCUCCUUUACCUUCUGGGACUAGGCAUGCUGACCCUCUCCUCCAUGCCGCCAACUAUGAAUCCUUCUGAAUGCACAGAUUUUACAGCUUGCCCCCGGACUCAAUUCCAAGCCGGAGUCUUCUACUUCUCCCUAUAUGUGAUUGCAUUUGCGCAAGGCGGCCAUAGGCCUUGUGUUCAAACAUUCGGAGCCGAUCAGUUCGACGAGAAUAACCUGGAGGAAUGCAAGUCCAAAAGCUCCUUCUUCAAUUGGUGGAAUUUCGGAGUGCACGCAACUAGCUUGGUCACAACCCUAGCAUUGAACUAUGUACAAGACAAUAUCGGUUGGACCCUUGGAUUUGGAAUCCCAUGGAUUUUUAUGGGGGUAGCUCUCACCAUUUUCUUGCUUGGAACCAGAUUUUAUCGCUGUCAUCUAAUAGAAGACAAGAAUCCCUUUGCUAAGAUCUGGAAAGCAUGCGCCACACUGAUCAACAGUUGGCAAAGGACAUCAAUAUUCGCCACAUCUACAAAUGGAUCAACAGAAGCACUUCUUCCACAUGCAUCUGACCGUACCAAGCACUCUGGUUAUUCUCAACAUGAGAGCAUAGACGAUGCAGGUCAAGAAGAAGAAGCUAAGGGAUUGCUCCAAUUGUUUCCGAUAUGGGCAGCCUGCUUAACUUCUGCAGCUGUUUUAGGUCAGUCAACGACACUCUUUACCAAGCAAGCUAGCACCUUGGAUAGGAGAAUUGGGACCAGCUUCCAAGUGCCACCAGCAGCACUACAGAGCUUCGUCAGAAUCUCUCUCAUUGCGUUCAUUCCAGUCUAUGAUCGGGUCAUUGUACCAAUGGCUAGAAAUUUCACAGGAUUGCCGACGGGCAUCACCAUGCUUCAACGAAUCGGCACGGGAUUGUUUCUCUCGGUGAUUAUGAUGGUGGCAGCAGCUCUGAUAGAGAUGAAAAGGCUUGAAACUGCUAGAGAUUUUGGACUGGUUGACAUGCCCGAUGUUGCCAUUCCUAUGAGCAUGUGGUGGUUGCUUCCUCCAUAUGUUCUCGACGGGAUUAUGUUUGUCCUUACAUUUGUUGGGUUGCAAGAAUUCUUCUAUGGCCAAGUACGUGAAGAAAUGAGAAGCCUUGGGCUCGCUUUUUAUUCAAGCGUCCUUGGCGCUGGUGAAUUGCUUAGUGGUUUCCUGGUCUCUGUGAUCGACAAGGUGACAGGAAGCAGAGGAGAGAGCUGGUUUUCUGACAACUUGAACCAUGCACAUCUUGAUUACUUCUAUUGGCUCCUUGCUGGACUGAGUUCAAUACAGCUAGGACUCUUUCUCUGCUUUGCACAAUCCUAUGUAUAUAAGAAAAAAGUACCAACCGCACUGUGAUUGCUUGCUCUCUGUUUUGCAAUGGACUUGAUUGGUUGCAUAAAGCUUUGUAAGAAGAUCAUAAUCCUUCAUCAUACGUAUAAGUUCUCUACGGGUAUAAGUACUCUAACGUAGAGAAACUUUUCCCCCAGGA